UAUCAAUCGAAACGUAAGCAGCAAUGAGACUGUCUCUAGCGCGUCUGGCUGAUUUGGUGGGAGAAGACGUUCGUGAGGUGAAGAAGGUAGACGCGUCAAAGAAAGGAAUACAAUCAUUAGAUGAUUUGAGUGCAUGUGUAGAGUUGGAACGACUGGAUUUAUCGCAUAAUAAUCUUAAAAGUCUUGAAGGCAUUGCCGAUUGUUGUUGUCUGAAAUGGCUCAAUGUCGCCUCGAAUCAACUCGAACAUUUGACAGAUUUGAAACAAACGACAUGUCUAACAGUACUAAACGCCAGUGCAAACGCCAUCACAUCGCUUCAGCCACUAGCAAAACUCAAAGCACUUCAGGCUCUGAUUCUUAGUUCCAAUAGUAUAACAGCAGCAAUCGGUAUUGAAAGCCUCAUUCAGCUCACUACUCUCGUGCUAUCAAAGAACAAACUGGAGGACAUCACAGUUUCACGACUGACAAACCUCGAGAAGCUCUCGCUAUCGCACAACGAGUUUCAUUCAUUCCCUGAUGUCUCGGCACUACAUUCACUGAAGGAGUUACGACUAAACAACAACAAGAUUAGCCACAUCCCGGAAUCAAUCUACAUGAACGCACGGCUUGUCAUUCUGGACAUCGGCAAUAACAGAUUUAGAGACUUCAAAGCUCUGCAACCGCUAUGCUCUCUCAGAAUGUUGACGAACUUGAACUUGAAGGGAAAUCACGUGUGUACUGUGGUGGGUUAUGUCCAUAAGGUUGUUGGGACAGUGCAGCACGUCAUGAUACUGGACGGUAAACGACUUGCAGCCGCCCAUCCUGUAACCACAUUUGGCCAGCAUGCAAACACAAAACGCAAAGCCACUAAGCAGCUGCACACGAAAGCUAGGGAUCUCAAGACGCAGCAAGAACAGACAAACGGUGAUAAAACAACAGACAACUCUGUCAGACGUAAAGUGCAGGUAACACAGCCACCGACAGAAUCUGAUGCACUUGACAAAGUCAAUCCCAAACAACAAACACAAGGGAGUGACAACAAACAUAGUUUACAGACGAAGACGAAUAAAUACGCAGAAAGAAGAAAAUGUGAAAAACAAGCGAAACGGCGAGACGAUCUAAAGCAGGACACUAACAGUCACAAACGCGAGAAACAAAUCAGCGAAGCAGAAGACAACAAAAAGACAUUUAACGAAGCAACCGAGUCAACGAUCAACAAACUUCAACAUUCGGCGAUGUCACAGCUGCACGGUUCGUGCACAAGCAAAAAAAUUAGAAAGAAAAGACAAAGAUAUGAAACUGAUGUUGUACAAGUGAAGCACAAGAAGAGAAAACCGGCUGAUAGAGACACCUCGUUCAGCGAGAAUCCUGAGACCAACCAACCUGAACGCACGAGGCGUAACCUCACACGACAAUCAGUACGACUGAAAGGUAAAUCGGCUCUCAAGACUAAAGCGUCUGGAGUUGUAUCGAUAAAGGAUUUUCACACGAGGCGAGGAGGAACCAAGACAAAGUUAAUGUCUUCGACGUUUGAGCCACAUAUAUUACUACAGAGUAUGCAAGACUUUGGUGUUGGAGGAUUAUCAGCCUGGUAAUAAAUAUAAACCGUAGAAUGUUAUUAAUAUCAACAUGAUGUGACUUGCUGCAGCCUUGUUGUUUAAUAUCAUAGUU